AUGACAGAGUCAUGGAGCGCGCCGCCCAUUGGGAGCAGGAUCUCCCUCAUAACGGAUCACGACAUACGAUACGUCGGCGUCCUCGUGCGACUCAAUGAGAAAGAGGGUAGUCACUUCUUACAUCAGACUUAUGGACUCGCUGUGAAAGUCGCCUGAUAUGUUUUGCGUCGUGGUCGUUUCGUUGCUUUUUGGGCUGGGCUUGGAUUGUAUAGUAGGACCUGUAGGGCCAUAGCUAUAUACUGAGACUUCGCCAUGAUCUCCUUUUUUAUAACGUCCAAAACGAAAAACAGGCACCGUUGCCGUCAAAGAUGUUCGGUCACUUGGAACAGAAGGGCGAAAGCAUCCUGGGGUGCCGAUGUCAAUGGACAUUCUCGACCGCAUUGUCUUCCAGCUGAAACGGUUAAAGCAUUUG